AGGUGUAAAAUUAACAUUAAAAAAUGUUGAUAUAUUUUACACCUAAAAAGUGUUAAAGUUAUGAGGAAAAAAAGUUAAUCGUACCCCCGUUUUUCUAUCUCAGUGCAGGAUUAUGCAUAUUUUCGUGACUGAAGAAAAUCGCGCAAAAUGGCUUUAUGCAUACUGAAAAUUUGCAUAUCCUCAGGAGAUUUCUUUCAAAUAACUUACAGAACACUAUUCAAGAAUUAAACUCCAGCUUUGAAUGGGAAGAUUUAGAGGUACUUUAAAAAUUAUUUUACAAAUUAGCUCCCAAAAGUAGGCAAUUUCUACAUGAUUAUUUGCAUGAGCUCAUCAGGUGCAUCAUCCCGAAGUGCAUAAUACCACAAUAUCCUGUAUUUAUCACUCAAAUUCCACAUUUUGAUUUCAAUCGUCGCGUCGGCGUAUUUCAUAUUUGAGGAAUUUGGACUGUGACAUUAUUAAGAAUUUAACCUGCCGAUGCAUUAGUUUAUUUCAAAUACAAGUGAUUAUUACAAAAAUCAAUUAAAAUUAAUAACAGUAAAUUUACACAACCGUGUAACUUUUGUGUAUUCACAUUUGUGUUGCAUUUACACGAUAAAUACACAAACUUUUCGCCAGUAUUCUUUAUAUCUAUCAAAAGUUUAUCUACCAAACUGUAAAUUUUAUGAUUUUUUUCAUCAAAUUUUGCAUAAGGGUUCAUAUUGUGUUAAUGAAAUACACGUUGAACUAUAAGCAUAUAUGCCUAUAGGAGGUAUAGGAUAUUGUCAUUACACAACCUUGAAAUAUAUUUAUUAUGUGCUUUUGCAUAGCAUAACAUCGAUAAUUAAGAUGCAAAAAUGAACCAGUAAUUAUCGUCUACGUCUACAAAUAAUUGAAAAUCAGAAUCAUUGACAAAUUGAACAGUCGUGUUUCUGGGGUAUGAUUUUCAUUAUCAAGGAUUAAAGGGGGCAUUUAUCAGCUAAAGUACUCGCAAAGAUCACAAAACAGCAGUUCGUGAGGGAAAAUUGAUAACGCACAAAUAUUAUCACAAACUCUUCAUAUUAUUAAAUUAUUCAAGUAAUUUAUGAACUGAAUCUUGAAUUAUACUUUCUUCGUCAUAAUCUAUCUAUACAAUCAGUUAAGAUUUUGAGCUCAAUAUCGUCACACCGUGUUCCAAUUGACCUUCGCGACCGGCUGGGAAUACUUCGAUCAGAAAGAAAAUCACACCGAUAACACAAUUUUCCUGUCCUUGUAAACUCCAAAGAGUCACUUUUGAUGAGGCAAAGAUUCUGAGUGCAUGUUUUGGGUUUGUUUCUCGCGUAGAAUAUAAAUAAAUUCGUGAGUGAGAGUGUAAUAAAAUGUGGUCUGAAAUAGACACACAGAAUAGUAUAUAAAGUCAACAAUUCUUCGGUGUAGUGUGUCUGUUUUGUUGUGUGAUAAAGCCGAAAAAGAGUCAAGGUCUUGCUGUAUUUGAGCCAUUUCGACACACAUUUCCACCAAGCCGGCCGGCUUGUGUAUGUGACCAGGCUGUUAAUCAGAUGACGGAGCAUUUUGAUCAUUAGUGCUUCACCAUCCGAGCUCAACGCAGGUUUCGGUUGCCAGUUCCAUAGAAACCUUCAGAGUUGUGACACUGCUUCCAAGAUGAGUUUACUGAAGAAUUUUAUUCUCAUCUUCAUUGGGAUGUGUGGCUUUUUGGGUGUAAGAAUCUAUAGGCAGACCUUUGGACCACUACCCAAGCCCAAUGUAGAUGUUGCUGCCUAUUGGGGUCCAGGAGAUAGGGCAUCCUACAAGGAAGACACUGCUGUGCAUCCUUUUAAGAUUUCCUACUCCGCCGAGGUGAUUAGUAAGCUAAAGACUCGUUUGGAGAAUGUACCCGAAUACCAUCCGCCCCUGGAAGGUGUCAAUUUCGAAUAUGGUUUCAACAGCAAUCACCUCAAGCAGGUGAUUAAGUACUGGAGGGAUGGAUACUUGAGCAAAUGGGAACUGCGUCAGACCUACCUCAACAAAUAUCCCCAUUUUAAGACACAAAUUCAAGGCUUAGACAUGCAUUUUAUCCACGUAAAACCAGCCAAAGCAUCUGGACGUCCAGUGCUGCCAAUUCUUCUUCUCCACGGAUGGCCAGGAUCCGUUGUAGAAUUUUAUUCAUUGAUUGAAAAACUAAAGGGUAACGAAGAGUAUGAUUUCGAAAUUGUUGCACCUAGUCUACCGGGAUAUGGAUGGUCACAGGCUUCAGCUAAGAAGGAUUUGGGAUAUGUUGAAAUUGCUGUGAUAAUGAGAAAUCUAAUGACUCGUCUGGGCUAUCAGAAAUUCUACAUUCAAGGCGGUGAUUGGGGAUCAAUCAUUGGCUCAAGUUUGGCUACACUCUUCCCCGAAAACGUUAUUGGCUAUCAUUCGAAUAUGUGCGGAGCUAUGGCUCCAUCGUAUGCUAUUAAAAUGACCAUCGCCAGCUUCUAUCCUUCAUACUUCAUCCCCAAGGAAUUUGUUCAUUUCUUCUAUCCCUUCUGGUCAAAGUUUAGUUUCAUUCUGGAGGAGAGUGGAUACAUGCACAUACAGUGCACUAAACCUGAUACCAUUGGCACUGCCCUAACUGAUAAUCCCAUUGGAUUGGCUGCAUACAUUCUUGAGAAAUUCUCCACCUGGACAAACCGAGACUACCGCAAUUUACCCGAUGGAGGACUCUCCAAACGCUUCACAAUGGACUCCCUCUUGGACAACAUCAUGGUGUACUACCUUACAAACUCCAUCACAACAUCCCAGCGACUGUACUCCGAAGCCUUUACCUUCCGGCAAUUGGCCAUGAAUAUGGACAGAGUCCCUACGAGUGUCCCUACGGGCUGUGCUCGAUUCCAGUACGACCUGUCGCACAGUAUCGACUGGACGCUCAAGGAUAAAUUCCUGAAUCUAGUCCACAGCACUUACUACGAGCAAGGAGGACACUUUGCCGCCAUGGAAGUGCCCGAUGUGAUGUACAAAGACCUCAUGGAUUUUAUUGGGAAGGUUCAGAACCGUGGCAAAGCCACCAAAAGUGAAUUGUAAUUGUCUAAAUUUGUAACUGCAUUUAGCAAUAAAAUGGUUUGUUUAAAAAAAAAA